CAACUGAGCCUCCAUCAAAUCGUUACUCCUUCAAAAGUCAACUAAUCCAACGGUUAAAACUCAAUCAUCUCAUCCCCCACUGACCACUGUAAAGGCUUUCAUAUUUCUGCAGCUUUUGUUUCUCUUCCUUCACUUCUUCUCUUUGUCUCAAACAGAAGAGAAAGAAAACAGAGGAAGGGAAAAAAUCAGUUGAAGGAAAACAGAGAAACUAAAAAAAUGGGUUUUGGUUUUACAGCAUUUCUUCUUUCUCUCCUCAUUGUCUUCGUGAACCUUGGUUGUCUUAAUGGGAGCUCCGAGCUCAGAGCUCUCAUGGACAUGAAAGCUGCAUUAGACCCAAAAAACAAGCACCUUUCGUCUUGGACCAUCAAUGGGGAUCCGUGUGAUGGGUCUUUUGAAGGGGUGGGUUGCAACGAGAUGGGUCAAGUGGCUAAUAUUUCUUUGCAGGGGAAGGGGCUUUCUGGGAAGCUCUCGCCGGCGGUUGCUGGGUUCAAGAACUUGACGGGGCUUUACUUGCAUUAUAACUCUUUGUACGGGGAGAUACCGAGGGAGAUAGCGAACUUGAGUAAGCUCAGUGAUUUGUAUUUGAAUAUGAAUAAUCUCUCCGGCGAAAUCCCUCCUGAGAUCGGUAAAAUGGGCAGUUUGCAAGUGCUGCAGCUCUGUUAUAACCAGUUGACUGGAAGCAUUCCGACCCAGCUAGGGCUUCUGAAGAAGCUCACUGUUCUUAGCGUCCAAUCCAACAAGAUUACUGGUGCAAUCCCGGCAAGUUUGGGGGAUUUGGGUAUGUUAAUGAGGCUUGAUUUGAGCUUCAAUCGCCUUUUUGGUUCAAUUCCUACCAAAUUAGCGGAUGCUCCUGUACUCCAAGUUUUAGACGUCAGAAAUAAUUCUCUAUCUGGCAAUGUUCCUCUUGCAUUAAAGAGGCUGGAUGAAGGAUUUCUGUUUGAAAAUAAUCUGGGUUUAUGUGGAUCCGGGUUUUCAUCGAUAAAAGCUUGCAAUGCUUCAGACCGUGUCAAUUCUAGGCCUGAACCCUUUGGACCAGGUGCAACCGGUCUUCCAACAACAGAAAUGCCAGAGACAGCAAAUCUGGAACAGCCUUGUAGCGAAACUCGGUGCUCAAAAUCAUCAGAAUCCCGUCAGGGUUCUGUUGUUGUUGUUGUUGGAAUGAUUAUUCUAGCAGUUGCACUUUUGGCUGCAGUAAUUCUGACUUUAACACAAUACCGUCAUAGGAAACAAAGACUAGCGAGCUCUAUUGAAACUUCUGAUAGCCGAUGUAGCACUGACCAAGCCAAGGUGCCUUACAGGAAAAAUGGCUCUCCACUCAUUAGCCUUGAGUAUGGCAAUGGAUGGGAUCCUUUGGCUGAUUGCAGGAGUUUUAGUGGGUUUGCCCAAGAUGUCUUCCUUAGCUUCAGGUUCAAUUUGGAAGAGGUGGAGACAGCUACCCAUUACUUCUCUGAGAUAAACUUAUUGGGUAAGAGUAACUCUUCCGCAACCUAUAAAGGGAUUCUGAGGGAUGGUUCUGUGGUUGCUGUUAAGUGUAUUGGUAAAACUAGCUGCAAAUCAGAGGAAUCUGAGUUCUUGAAAGGACUGAAUAUCCUGGCUUCAUUGAAGCAUGAGAAUUUAGUGAGGUUAAGAGGAUUUUGUUGCUCAAAGGCCCGGGGUGAGUGCUUUCUGAUUUAUGACUUUGUCCCGAAUGGAAACUUGCUGAGCUAUCUCGAUGUGAAUGAUGCUGAUGGCCACGUCCUAGAAUGGUCCACUAGAGUUUCCAUCAUCAAGGGAAUCGCCAGAGGAAUUGCAUAUUUGCACACGUACAAAGUAAACAAGCCUGUCCUGCUUCAUCAAAACCUUUCGGCUGAGAAAGUGCUCAUUGAUCAGCGACUCAACCCAUUGCUUUCUGAUUCGGGGCUGCACAACCUUCUUACCAAUGAUAUUGUUUUCUCAGCACUCAAGGCCAGUGCUGCCAUGGGCUACCUAGCUCCAGAAUAUGCCACCACAGGCCGGUUCACUGAGAAGAGUGAUGUUUAUGCAUUUGGAGUUCUUGUUUUCCAAAUCCUCUCAGGGAAGCGAAACGUGGCUAGUUUGGUACGUCUUGGACCUGAUUCAUGCAGAUUCCAAGAUUUUAUUGAUUCCAACCUCCUCGGCAAGUUCUUCGAAUAUGAAGCUACUAAACUUGCACAAAUUGCCUUCCUUUGUACUCAUGAAUCUCCUGUUGAAAGACCAUCCAUGCAAGCAGUUGUGCAGGACCUCAGUAACUGCAGUAGCUGCCUCUAGCCGCUACCAGUAGCUGCCUCUGGUGCAUUGCUAAACUAAACACUGGCCGAUGUCGAAAAGGGUUCUGAUAUUUUGUGCUUGUGUCCUCUCGCUGAGGACUAAACCUUGUCAAUGUAGUGCCUUGUGUUCAUAGGGAAGUGUGGGGGUAUUUUUCAUCUAUGACCAUCUCUGCCCUGGGGAAAUCUGUGAAGAGGUGGACUUUACUCCCAUUAAUUCUCUGUUUACAAUUAAAGAUUCUGUGAUGAUCGUCGAAUUAAUCUAAAUUGGAACU